CAUUCUUCACUUGGACAUGGUACAAGUUUGGGAUUCACUCAUGCUUCCAUAGAGAAAUGGUGGAUAUCAUAUUAACUGUUGGGAUUAGCAUUCUAGUGCUAUUUCUCUCUGCUUAUGUGACUCUGCCUCUUUAUGCACUAGUUACUCAGAUGUGUUCAUCAAUGAAAAAAACAGUAUUCACAGAUGAUAUAGUUACGGGUCUAAAGACAUGGCACAAAAUGGCCAAAAAGAGUCUCUCAAGGAAGAAAUCUAUUCCAACAACAAGAACCUCAGUAAUGACAAUGAAAUUUUUGUCUGAAAACAUUGGAAACAAGAAAUCUUUUCCUACAAGCCAUUUAAUGAAACCCUUGCCAAGUCCAAGAAUUGAUGUUCCAUUACCAAGAACACAAAGUUCAGUGUCAGAAUUUAGAUAUCCAUCAGGAAGAUUAGAACUUUUAGAAAUGCAGAGAGUUGCAGAAGAAAUAAUAGAGUGCAGUUCUAAGAACAUACCUUUUGAUGGAGAAAUCUCUUUCCGAUUAUGGAAGAAGCAAGGAGAGCCUUCAAAAUAA